AUGUCGUUCGCCUCCUCGUCGGCGCGCGCCCUUGCGCCUCUUAGGCGACCAGCAGCGCAGGCAUCGCGCUCGUACGGUGCUUCCACUCGCCAGGUGCACCCGUCCAUCACUGCGUCCGAGGCCCAGGAGUUCCUGAGCCACACGCUCCAGCUCCCUUCCUCCGCCGCCAUCCCCGAACAGCUGGCGCUCCAGACGCUCACCCACAAGUCGUACCAGUUCGUCCACCGCAUGUCCCACCCGCCACCUUACACCGCUGCCGAGAUUGAGCAAGGCCAGGCCUCGCACAAUGCGCGUUUGGCCUUCCUGGGCCGCCGCGCCAUCGGCGCGUACCAGGCCAUGUUCAUCCACUCGGCGCUGGGCACGUCCGAGGCUGUGCGCCAGGCGGACCUGCUCCGCGGUCGCGACAUUGAGAGCAUGCUCGCUGCUCUGCGUCAUUACAACAACCUUGGUCUCCUCGUCGGUGACAAGUGGAAGGUCGGAGAUGUGAUGCGCUGGGACCGGGCAGAGACUGGUCGCGAGGGUGGCCACCUCAAGGUCAAGGGUAUGACCGUCGAGGCCAUCAUCGGUGCCGUGUUCACGCACCACGGCUCGCCCGCCGCCCAGCGCGCAUACCACCUGCACGUCCUCCCCCUGCUGUCCGCACAGCUGCGCGACCCGAUGCUCAAGGAGGCUGCCCAGCGGGUGGCCCAGAGCGUCAAGAGCGUCGGCGUCGUCUCCGCUUAA